AUGAGACUUUUGGUCAUCAUCCUCAUUGUAACACUCAUCAGUACAACAUAAGCUGAUGCCAAUUGUGUUUAAGCGUUCUGCGCAACUGAAAUUAAAUAAUGUAAGGAAGAUUCUACUUGUCAGCAACAUCUCGCUGAUUGUGCGAAUGACUUCAGAAAGAGUGUUAAAAAGGCUUAAGAUUCAAAAACAUAUUAAGGAACUGAACAUGCAUAUGAUGAUGUAAUAAGAUUAAAAUCAUUGUUUUAGUUCAAUAAUUGUAUGCGAACUCACUAAGUUGCAAGAGCCAUUAACGAGUGCUAAGUAAGGCAUUGUCUAAAAAAUAAUUUGAUUGGCAUUGACAUCAAUAUAGGAAAUUUGGAGAACAUUAUAGCAUGAUUAGAAUAACA